AUGUCUUCUCCUAUUUUGCACAUCGUGAAGCCGAACGUGGCCACGCCUGUGAGCUCGGCCCCUGUUGGACCAGUCAAGGUCGUGAUACAGGCUCCGGCCCUGAUGCAGUUGAUCGACGCCGUUUACAUGGACAACGAAGAGAACCUAACGCAAAGCAGAACCAUCGGUACCCUUUUGGGAACCCGUUCAGAUGACGGAUCUGAGCUCGAGAUCAAGGAAUGUUUCAUUGUCCCGCACAAAGAAGAGGCCGACCAGCUCACCAUUGAGGAAAGCUACCAUAUUUCAACGUACCAGUUGCUCAGAAGAGUAAACCCUGAAUUGUUGAUCGUGGGAUGGUUUUCCACCAACCCGGUGCUGGAUUCGUUCACAGGUCUGUUCCAGGAAUUCUACUCCAAAAGCUCGUGUUUCCCGCACCAACCAAUCCACCUGACAUUGCAAUCCAAAGAUGACAACGGAGACAUCAUUUCUCCAAUCCUGAAAACAUACAUCUCUUCUCCCGUUGGGCUUCCUUCCGGCUCGAGUCUGGUCAACCAGCUGGGAAUCGACAAGAUCGGCUCCUACGCGUUCACCCCGGUUCCCAACGAGAUCGCGUACUCAAACUCCGAGCUCAACACGCUGAAAUAUCUUAAUAAGGGAGUCAAGUCUGACUCCAGAACCGUCGACUUGACCGGCCACGACGAGCUCAAACAGAUUCUCGCUUCUGUGUCCGACGUUUCUUCCUUGCUCGACACCCUCAAAGCCUACGUGGACAAGGUCACGGCCGGUGAGAUCCAGGGUGACCAGAACGUUGGAAAAAGUUUGCUGGAGUCGCUCAACACACAGCCCAGCUCCAUCGACCCUGCACAGAUGCAAAUCAUGCUCCAGAACCACAUUGACGAUGCCUCGCUUGUCGAGUACCUGGCUUCCUGCGUGAAGCAGCAGCUCGACCUCAGCGCCAAGCUCACCAACUUCAUGACUCCUGAGGAAAGCGCAAAAUAG